AGUGGUACACAGGAGGUUGUGCAGGGAGAAGGUUGACUGCUGUCCCCUGUCCUAGUGCCCAGACCCUCCCUGUCGCUGCACCCCUGCCAGGGGGUGUCUGUGGGGGACACUGUCACCCUGCGCUGCCACCUGAGCCGGAUGGCUGCCUGGGUCUGGCUGUACCAGGACAGAGGUAGGACACACAACAAGUACCAGGACAAGGAGCAGGAUGCGGUCGAGUUCUCCUUCGUUAGCACGAGUUGGGAGCAUGCAGGGGCGUAUCGGUGCCAGUACCACGUGUCUGAGCCACUGGGGACAUCAGAAAAGAGCGAUCCCGUGGAGCUGGUGCUGACAGAUCGCAGGUACCCCCACCUGGCAUUUCUCUGAGCUUUGAGGGACAC